UGGCUUUUUUUGUGAUGCUGUAACAGAAGAAGGGCGCGGACUGUGUGUGACGACCUAAAAAUAUCGUCGUUUUUGCUAAAUCUUUCUGGAUUUCCUGUCGGUCCUGAACUGAUCCGUGAACAUGGAGGGACGUUCUGCUGUUUGGCUCCUGGCUGUUCUGCUGCUGCUUGAGGCUCUGAUCUCUGCUGAAGCCCAGAACACACUGAAGUACCUGGAGGUUGGAGGUAAGCUGGUCCUCAGGCCUGAACCCGUCUCCAGCCGCAUCAUCGGAGUUACGUGGAAAUUCAACGACGGCAUCGUGGGUGAAUGGGACGAAGGGCAGGAGUUGGAAUAUUCCCCGAUAUUUAGGGACCGUGCCAGCGUGGACACGACCACGGGAGUGUUGGAGAUCAGCAACAUGAUGAAGAACCACAGUGGACUGUACACGGUGGAGAUCAACAACAGGAAGCAGAGUGGAGGUCAUGAUGUUAGAGUGAUCAAACAGGUGCCCAAACCUGUGGUAAUGAUCACACCUCUCACAUGUACCAAGGAGUCAGAGAGUUGUUUCCUGAGCUGUGAUGGAGACAUUACAGAUGCUGAUCCGGUCACUUUUUAUUUUAGGAAGGGAGGCGGAGAUUGGGAGGAGGGAGAACAGAACAUAACAAUCAUGAAUGAUGCGACCACACAGGCUGUUCCAAAGUUCUUCUGCCGGAUGAAGAACCCAGUAGGUGAAACAGACAGUGAAUCCGUGGACAAUCCUUUCUCCGUGGGAGCCAACACUGGGGUGAUUGUGGGGGCGAUUGUGGGUUCUGUUGUUGGAGUCCUUGUGGCUGGUGCUGUGGCUGGUGGUGUUGCUGCGUCCCGUCAUAAACAUGCAGACCAGCCAGAGGAAGCACCACUCCUUGGACAGCAGCCCUGAUUUCAAAAAAUCUGCAUGAAGCUGUGAAGCUCCAUAGAAAACCCCAUCAGAGCUUCCUGUUGCUAGUUUGGGUUUGUUAUUUCAGCAUCCUGCCUUGUGCCUUCCAAAAAGAAUGAACUCGUUGGGGAGAAAAGUAUGAUUGUUUUGUUUUUCACGCUGUUACUAGUAAAAGUUAUGCAUAAAGUGCAUAAAAUAAAAUGCCAAAAGUACUUAUUUUGCAAAUGAUCCUAUUUUCAGUCAUGCUUCAUGGGUGUUCAUGGAGAGAAUGUGUCGGUUUAUUGCCAUAUUUCAGUGAGAUUGGUUCUUUUUUUAUCACUAAGAAAAACUCUAAACCUAGUGGGAUGAUGCAAUUAUUUUUUUAUUUUUAUUUUUUUGCUGCAAUCUGUCUUAAUCAUGAAUGUCCUCUUAUGUCUGGAGGGAAUGAUUUGUAACAUCACAUCACUUUGUUAGGAAUAAUAUGAGGUGACACACUUUAAAUUCAACAAAAGAUUUGCAGCUCCUGUGAUUCUGAUCUCUCAUUUGGCAACAUUGCAGUAAUUUGGUUCAUCACAUUAUUUGUUUAUAAUCGCUUUAAGGUGGAGCUGAUUUUGGUGACUUCAUAAACUGCUGGUUUGCUUUUAAUUUUCCACAAAGCCUUAAUAUAGAAAUAAUAAUUUUAUUUCUACAUUCCGUUUGGUCUUUUUUUCUAAAUCAUGAUGAAGGGAAAACACAGAUAUUUAGGGCUGCAAACCAACAGUUAUGUAAAUUGUCUGGUUGAAUCUGAGCAUUAUUUUGUUGUUCUUUGCUUCUGUAAUGACAUAUAAGUUGCACUACACUAUAUUGCUUUCCGAUCCUGGAGCAUUUGGACGAUCCCAUUCAAUCCAGGAGAUGCUGUUUAGUUUCUUGUCAUGAUAGAACCGUUCUGUUGUUGCUCAACAGUGAUUCUUGGCAAGAGUUGUACCAGUGUAGUCAAAGCUGACGUAAUAACUUUGAAUCCGAGGCUCUAAACAUCACUGUAAGCCACACUCAGACUGCUGGGACUGGAUUUACGCUGCCUCCACGUAUAUUUGAGACAUUAUUAUAUCAACUAUUUAGCAGUUAUUUGUGCUUCUAUGACAAGAGCAGGAAACUAUGUUAAACAUCAGUGCCACAGCAUUUUAACCACUACCGCAUGUGAUAGUUAAUUUUCAGUCUAUGCUUUUUAAUACACUGGUCACUGAUGGGUUCCUGAUCUUAUUGUGCCUUCUAUGUACUGCCUAAUCAGUGAGUUUUUUUAAAUAAAGAAAGCCAUAUUUUAUGUAGAUUUUGAAUGUUUUGCAUUUUAUUUCUAACGUGCCUUAUAAAUAAACAUGUAUACUGCUAUACA